AUGGCCCAAGAACGCAAUGACACCCAGCAAAAAGCUCAAUUUGAGCCCUCGGAGUUUGUUGAGGGCGACAUUCUGGCAUUCUCGGACUUGGACCUACGUCGACUUGGAUUGGCAACAACAAAUCUUUACGAACCAAAUACGCACGACGACAGGGAGCAGCGCAACUUUGUACCAUCCCAAUCAUCCCCUAUCGAUCCGAAACUGUUUGGUCUCCCAAGCCUGGGAGUUCGCGAUGACGACACAUCCAGAUCCUUAAAAUCGGCAUUCCCCGAGAGCGCCAGCGCCAGGUCGUCCGCAUCCUUUCACGACCCGGCUCUAGCCACGAUGACUCUGCCUUGGCAACCAGAAUCUUCACAGAGCAUACUUGGGGGAGGGCACACGAACAUACAAACAGCUCAUACGCCAUGGGAAUUGCCGCCUCUCCUACCGCAAUCGUAUCACGACCAUCCCCCGCCAGCCCUGGAGAAUCAACACCGAGGACUUCCUCGACGCAGGAGCCGGUACUUCCGUAACGGGGUCUACCAAUCGGGUAUCUCGGCAGCAAUAGAAAUACCAAAGGCGAUGAAUUCAACACCCGCAACAUCUGAUCCGCUGCAGCGAUGGAGAGACUCUCCUCCAGAAACCGAGGCAGCAUCGUUAUCCGACAUUGCGAAUGCCCUUAAAGAUAUGCCACUGAGGGGCCGUUCCUCUGCUGGGAGCUUGCGUAGCCAAAAGGCCGGUAGCCACCCUGGAUCGAUCGCCAGCCACGGCAGCGCGACCAGCCGGUCCACGGGUGGUUCGAACUCGUCUGCGGGCUCGGCGCUGCUGCGAGGCACUGACCGAGUGAGAUCACGGGUAUCGAAGCGGACGGGAGCCCCAAGAAUAGCAGCGAGCCAAGGAAAGAAAAAGGACCAGAGGAACUUCCAUUGCACUUUCUGCUGCGACUCUUUCAAGAGCAAAUAUGACUGGUCAAGGCACGAGAAGUCUCUACAUUUGAACCUUGAUAGCUGGAAAUGCUUUUCCUCUACAGGGACGAUAACCUCACCGGUGACAAGAGAGGCUACGUGCGCAUACUGCGGUGUUCUUAACCCAACUGACGCACAUCUGAACUCGGACCACUACCAUGGUAGCUGCCGCGUUGACGGAGAGCCCCCCAGAUUCAUCCGUAAGGACCAUCUUGUUCAGCAUCUCAGGCAUGUUCACCAGGUGAAGAACCCAGGUAAUAUUGAAUCAUGCAAGGAAGAAGGCCCUCCAGUGGCCUCCAGGUGCGGAUUCUGCAACAGUAGGAUGGAAACAUGGGAAGCUCGUGUCGAACACCUCGCCAGACACUUUAAAUCAGGAGCAACCAUGGACCAAUGGAAAGGAGAGCAUGACUUCGACCCUUCCAUUGCGCUUCAAGUACGCCAUGCUAUCGCUCCCUAUCUUAUUGGCUCGGAGUCAAGGGCGCCUAUCCCUUUCUCGGCCACAACUCAUAAGGACCACUUGUCUCAAAUCCGAGGUGCAAGUGAAUAUUGCCUUGACAAGUGGCGUCAGAUCGAAGUAUCAAGCCAGGAGUCUCCGGAAUGUGCAACAGCACCCCCUGAACCUGAGAAUCCACCACAGAACCUUACCGAUUCGAUGAUGUUCCCUGACAUCCUUGCAGUACAUCUCGCUCGUUUCGCUCGAAAGCAAAUAAGGCUCGGGAUAAUGCCUACCGACAGGAUGUUCCAGGAUGAGGCCAGGCAAGUAGUCUUUGACUCCGUGGACCCGUGGGACCAAACCAUUGCGGAUAACGAUGUCUGGCUCGAUAAGUUUCGCAACCGGCAUUUGGGAGGCUCACCCGACGGCCAAGGCGAAGAGUGA